AUGUCUAAACCGUCUACUUCAACCUCGGCACCCGCAGCGAAUGAUGAUAUUGAUAAACUGUUGAACAGAGAGGCGACAGCGGUGUCGAGAGACGUAGAGGUAGACCGUAUUCUUGCAGCGUUUAAGCUGAAUCCGUACGAUAUCCUCGAUAUAGAUUCGUCCGCCACAGCAGAAGAGAUAAAGAAGCAAUACAAGAAGCUUUCCUUGUUGAUCCAUCCGGACAAGGCUACACACCCAAAGGCACAAGAUGCGUUCGAUUUGUUGAAAAAGGCCGAGAGUGAGGUGCAAGACAAGGACAAACGCGAAAACCUCGACGCGGUAGUCAAGCAGGCUCGAAUCGAAUUACUGCGUGCCAUGAACCUGCCUACGAGUACUCCUGACGAUCAUGUCAAGCUAAAGGGCCUGACCCCGCCGUGGAGGCAGCAGCUCAAGGACAAGACCAAGGCAAUGCUGAUUGAUGAGGAGUUGAGGCGACGAAGAGCCGUCAAGCUAGCAAUGGCCAAUGAAGGUCGCGAGGCUCAGCAAAAGGAGGAAGAAGUCAACACGCGAAAGCGAAAGGCAGAAGAAGACAAGGUGUGGGAAGAGAGACGCGAAGAGCGCGUCGAUAGUUGGAGAACGUUCACGGCGACCGGGGGUACGAAGAAGAGAAAAAAGAAUAAGGUUGAGAUUCUGGGCUAG